UCUCAACCAUCACCUCGACCUGCAUCACAACCCGCGCCGCCGUGUGCAAGAGACCACCCAUCCCGCCGCCCGUCGCUCCUUUCACACCCCCGACGGUCCUCUCCCUCACCACCACAUCGCCCCGUGCAGCACCUGAGCGCAGCCCCGGCAUCCCGACACAAUGCCUGCCACCACCACCAUCCUGUCCCGCGCCGGCGCUCAAUUGAGCUCGAGGGGGUCAAUCGCCCUGCGCGGCGCCUUCCAGAGACGCACUCCCGCUCUCUCAGCGCUCGCCCGCUACUAUGCCUCCUACCCUUCGCACACGGUCAUCCGCAUGCCCGCGCUGUCGCCCACCAUGACGGCGGGAAACAUUGGCGCAUGGCAGAAGAAGGUCGGCGACUCAAUAGCCCCCGGCGACGUCCUCGUCGAGAUCGAGACAGACAAGGCACAGAUGGACUUUGAGUUCCAGGAGGACGGCACCAUCGCCAAGAUUCUCCGCGACGCCGGCGAGAAGGACGUCGCGGUCGGCAGCCCCAUCGCUGUCAUGGUGGAGGAGGGCGAGGAUGUUUCCGCCUUCGACAAAUUCUCCAUCGAGGACGCCGGCGGCGACAAGAAGGCCGACAAGCCGUCCAAGGAGGGCAACGCCGCCGAGGCCAGCGAGCCCGCCGACUCGGGCUCCAAGACGGCCCCCCCUCCCAAGCAGGACGAGUCGGCCGCGCCCGUCUCCCAGGAGUCCGACUCGACCGGCGCCCGCCUCGAGACCUAUCUCCAGCGCCAGCCCGCCUACUCGCCCGCCGUCAAGAAGCUCGCUCUUGAGAAGGGCGUCGCCCUGAAGAACAUCAAGGGUACCGGCCGCGGCGGUGCCAUCACCAAGGAGGACGUCCAGAAGGCCACGCCCGCUGCUGCUGGUGCUCCUGCCGCCGCUGCCACAUACGAGGACACAGAGGCCACCAGCAUGCGCAAGGUCAUUGCUUCGCGCCUCACCGAGUCGAUGCAGCAGAGCCCCCACUACUUCGUCGCCUCCAGCAUCUCCGUCUCCAAGCUCCUCAAGCUCCGCGAGGCCCUCAACGCCUCCUCCGAGGGCGCCUACAAGCUGUCGGUCAACGACCUGCUCGUCAAGGCCCUCGCCGUUGCCGCCCGCAAGGUCCCCGCCGCCAACUCCUCGUGGCGCGAGAUCGACGGCAAGGUCAUCAUCCGCCAGCACAACGUCGUCGACGUCUCCGUCGCCGUCUCCACCCCCGUCGGCCUCAUGACCCCCAUCGUCAAGAACGUCAACGGCCUCGGCCUCCAGUCCAUCUCCGCCCAGAUCAAGGAUCUCGGCAAGCGCGCUCGCGACGGCAAGCUCAAGCCCGAGGAGUACCAGGGCGGCUCCAUCACCAUCUCCAACAUGGGCAUGAACGCCGCCGUUGAGCGCUUCACCGCUGUCAUCAACCCUCCUCAGGCCUGCAUUGUUGCUAUCGGCACAACGAAGAAGGUUGCCGUCCCCGGUGAGAUCUCCGAGGACGGCACACCGAGCGUGGAGUGGGACGACCAGAUUGUCAUCACUGGUUCCUUCGACCACAAGGUCGUUGACGGCGCCGUUGGUGGCGAGUUCAUGAAGGAGCUGAAGAAGGCUAUCGAGAACCCUCUUGAGCUGCUGUUGUAA